GCACUGGGAAGAGAUGACCAGAACCCCAGCCACUUCCAGAGUAACAAGCAGCCACCCUGCGCAGCUUUCUCUUUUGCUUGCACCACUUCCUCCUCGGCUUCCUGACUCAGCUGGGGGAUGGGACAGAGGCGGGCUGGCCUGGGCAGCCCAGAGGACUCUCAUCCAGCCCCUCAGCGCCACCAUGAGUGGGUCCCGACUCCCAGGCCGGGACAGGGGUGCUCCUGAACCCCUCCUGGAUGACCUCAUCGGCUACUACACGGACAGGGCAGAGGAGGGCCAGCUCAGGGUCUGCAGGCAAGCAGCCCUCAUCCGCAGGGCCCAGCAGCUCCUGGGCAUGGGGGCCCCACCCCAGCUCUGUCUGCCGGAGGAUGUGGCCCCUGACUCGCAGGGGGCUCCCAGCUCUGCCCAGCACAUCUGCCACAAACUGGUGCGGGCACUGGAGUUCCUGGAGCUGAUCUCUGUCAACCUACUUCUGUCUCCCUGGAGGAAGGAAAUCAGGUCCCUGAAGACAUACACGGGGAAUUUUGCCUACUGGGUGCGGCCCGUGCUCUCCGAACACACCCUGCAUGCGGCCCUGGGCAGGCUGGGCUACAGGGCCACCUCCAAGGCCGAGUUUUCACUGGUCCAGGCCGCCAGCGAGGAGGACACCAAGCAGAUGGUGUUUGAGAUCUUCCUGACCAGAGUCGCGUGUGAGGCUGUUCUUGGAACCUUGGGCGGACCCGUCCUCAGCGAGAAAGUGGCUGGGCGCCACCGCAGGCCCAGCCCAGGGAGAGGGCCGGCGAAGACCCGCACCAGCCUCCGGGAGGCCCUGCCAAGCCUGAGCGCCCCCGCAGGGACGGGGACGGAGAGGCCCCAGGCGGAAGGCGCUCAAGGUCAGGGCGCCCUGCCCAUGGCCUGGAGCCCGCCUGAGGUCCCAGUAGCCCCCCACGGCCCCCUCCCCGACCCCCUGGUCCCUUUGGGCCCCUGGCGCCGUGCCAGCACACGCUCGGACAGCGAGGAGUUUCUGACCUGCUAUAGUGACCUCAUCCUGCACCAGACGCCCCUGUUCCCCGGGGACUGGUCCCCGAGCAGCCUGAAGGAACAGCAACUCCAGGGCCCAGCCCAGGCACCCGGCCCUCCUUUAGGGGAGGCGGCCACCACCUCAUGUAGCAGUGGCGAGCAGUUCCUGGUCCCCAGCGCAGCUCCUGAGAGCGAAGGGGUCACCAUUCGCAGGCAGCUCUGCCUGAGGCCAGGCCCCCAGUGGUCUGAGCAUUCCUUGGCCCCAAAGCCAGAAGCACAGACGGAGCCAGCCGCCCCUGGCACGGACGAUGCCCUUCCACACGCUCCUCCUGAGAUGGACCAGCUCUGUGAGCUCCUCGCCCACCUCCUCACACCCCCAAGUCCAGCAGGCCGGCUCUGGGGAUCCCCGGGCCCUGGGGUUGAUGAGAACAAACAACCAGAGCCUCUCGUGGGGCGAGAGGCAGCCAGUGAAGGUGGCAGCCCGGACAGGGUCACUCAGCUCUGGAGGGCUCCCCAGGCCUCCUCCCAUGUACGAGAGCCCCCCAGUACUCACUAUGUCCCCCUGGAGGGGCCAGUUCCCACGCGAGGAUACUGCACGAGCCACAGCAGACACCUGAACUAAGCCGACUGCUUUUCCGCCAGAAAGGUGACCCUUUGGAGAGGUGACCCCUUGGAGAGGUGGCAGAUCCAGGACUACAGCAGGGGAGACAGCAGCCAAGGCCACAGCUUGUCAGGCACGGGACCAGGCUGCAGAUCCCACCUGGUCUCAGGUCCCAGACCUGUCACCUACAGACUGUGUGACUUUGGGCUUCUCACGCCACCUCUCUAAGCCCCGUUUCCUUCUGUAAAGUGGACGUGGUGUCAGAUCUACCUCACAGGAGGCUGGGAAUAGUUAGUGAGGUGAGGUGUGCACAGCGACAACCUUAGCAGGGCUUCCUGUCCCCUUCACCUCCCAGCUCAGUGUGUGACCUUGAACAAGCCAUCCUGCAUCUCUGAAUAGCAGUUUCCCUUGGCAUCCGUCACAGGGCAGAUUGAGAGAGAGCUGUGUAGACCACCAGCCGGGUAAUACAUCCUUAAUCCAUUUAGGGUCCCCUGUCGGCCUCCCUUUGCUCUCUGCUAACUUCUGAUUAACAGAGAACAAGGCCCAGUUAGAGCCCAGGGUUAGCUCACAGGCCUGCUCUAUACCCGGGGUUAGGGCUCCACCCUCUGGGCUGCCUGGAGCGGGGCCCCCCUCCACAGCCUCUCGUGCCCCCAUAUGCACACAGGCAUGCACACUUGUGCACGCGCACGCGCGUGCGUGCACACACACACUUUCCUCAUGGGGGCCCCAAGAUAGACCGUCCUUGUCCUCCAGCCAAAACCCUCUCUCUUGGGGUAACAGGGCCAGCCCCUCAGCUUUGCAUCUUUGAAGUGGGGAGGAUGGCCCCUGCCUCCCAGGCCAGUGGUGAGCAAUAAAAGUUACAUCAGUAAAGGCCCCUUCUGAGUAUACAGAAGGUACUUAAUAAAUGGUGCCUGCCUUGCUCUCCCCAGAGCUGAGCAUAUGACUCCGCCAUUUUCAGUCCCUAAAGAUUAAAGGGGACCACAUGUGGGAAGGAUUUCAGGGGCACCAGCCCCACCUCCCUCCCAGGCAGACAGCGGGCCAGCCCCCACACAGGCUUUUUGAGACAAAUCAGGAAGCAGUCUGCACUGGGGAGAAAGGGGUGUACUGAUCACCCAUCCACCCCUCCACCCACUUGCCUAUCCAUCUACCCACCCACCCAUCCAUCCUCCCAUCAUCCAUCCAUCCAUCCUUCCACCCACCCUCUCAUGAAAAUUACCCAGCACAUCACCCAGCAGUUGUCACUCAAGCUAGUGAGCUGUCAAUGUCGAGCUGGUGGGGGGGUGAGGCAGAGGGCGUCAGGAACCUUAGAAGGGAUGAAGACCCAGGAACCAUGGCAACCAGGGCUUCUCCUCAGGGCAUCUAGUCCUGGAUCUGACCUGCAGCCCGUGACUAUUCUUUACUCAUAAUUAUCUGAUUAUUAACAUAAUAAGCACGCUGGGCCCCAACCCACAAUAGAACUUUUGCUCUCCUCCAAUG